AUGAAGGAUCUAAUAGUCCGGCUUUGGCCAGCUGAAUCAAUUCCCAGCAGUUACUUUGGUUUGGUGAAGCGGCUCGGCGACGCGUCGCCCCGGAUUGACGCUGCCCGCCCAAAGGCAAGGACCACCGCUCGUCGACGCCGCCACAGGCAUUGUCGUCUCCUACCCGUCCUUCAUCGCCUCCGCCCCGGGGACGUCGCCUUGGUCGUCACGCCCUCGCGCCUCGAGGUCCCCGUGCUCCACUUCGCGCUCAUGUCCAUCGGCAUUGUCGUGUCCCCCGCCAACCCGGCCUCAACCCCCGAGGAGUACGCGCACCAGAUCGCCCUCUCCAGGCCCGUCGUCGCGUUUGCCGCCCCCGAGGUCGCCGCCAAGCUGCCCGGCCACGUCAGGCGUGAAGGCGGCUCCUCCGCCGGCCGUCACGCUGCUCCCACUCCCCCUGUUCAACGUCUUCGGGUUCAUGAUGGUCCUGUGCACCAUAUCCAUGGGGGACACGGCGGUGCUCAUGGAGCGCUUCGACAGUUCGACUUCGGUGUCGCGCUGCGUGUGAUCCUGUGGUACCGUGUCACACUGCUGCCCGCGGCGCCGCCCGUCCUGGUGGCCAUGAUCAAGUCCAAGGAGGCAUGCCACCGCGACCUCUCCUCGCUCCACAUCUUCGCCGUCGGUGGCACGCCCCUUGGCCGGGACGUCGCUGAGCGCUUCGCCGCUGUCUUCACGAACGUUCAAAUUGUUCAGGUUAAGCAUGAGACUCCAUGCAGGCUGCAGAAUACUACUGAAUCUUCCAUGCAUGCCGGGCGGGAGGAGGAGGGGUGA